CAUGACGUCAUUUAUCCUGCCAACAAAGUUAGGCGACUGCAAAACUGGACUGCGAUAUUUUCCUUCCUUGGAAAAUUUGACGGGAUUUAGCCUAACAUUUCCUUAGAACUGUAUUUUAAGAUUCUUGGAUGCGUAGAAUGAAAACACCCCAUUGUAACUCAUGCUGGAUCACGAUGAGAACUUUCUGAGAUAAAAAAAAAUAUCGACGAGACACAGCAAUUAGCUAGAUGGAGGAACUGGAAGGUACACAUGGACGCCACUGUGCGGGUUGCGGGGAAACGAUUCAAGACACCAUCAAUGUGAAGGUUCUGCAAGGAACUUGGCACAAUGCCUGUUUUCAGUGCUCGGAAUGCUGUGACCACCUGACCAACUGGUACUAUGAGAAGAAUGGCAAGCUGUACUGCCGUAAACACUACUGGGAGAGGUUUGGAGAGCUGUGUCACGGCUGCUCUCUGCUCAUGAUUGGACCUGCCAUGGUUGCUGGAGAAUACAAGUAUCACCCAGAGUGCUUUGUAUGUCUGAGCUGCAAGGUGGUCAUCGAGGACAGAGACACCUACGCCUUGGUGGAGCGAUCCAAACUGUACUGUGGGAAGUGCUAUAAGCAAGUAGUCCUGGCGCCCGUGUUGGAGAAGCGUUCGGCCGAUUCGGCCCUGGAUUCCCUGCCCCACACGGUCACCCUCAUCUCAAUGCCCUCUGCCACCAACAGCAAGAGGGGCUUCUCUGUCUCUGUCCUAAGAGACGUUGCCAGCGGCUCCGCUAGCGUGCAAGUCAAAGAGGUCAGAGGAAUGCAUAUCAGCCCGGAAGUUCGGAAUGCCAUCCAUGUUGGUGACAGGAUCCUGGAGAUCAACGGUCUUCCAGUGGGGACACUGAUGGAGGAAGAGGUGGAGGACCUGAUUCAUCGGACCAGUCAGACGCUGCAGCUGCUCAUAGAGUAUGAUCCAGUCAGGCAGCGGUUGGAGAGGCUUAGACUGGGGUCCUCGCACAACCGCUUGGGGGUCCCCGCCACCUCCCGCAUGCGCCUGUCUUUGCCCUCUGACAGUGUCCUGGAGAGGACAGACGUGGUGGAUGAUGGCACCCUAAAGAGGAGGUCUCUAAGGCGUAGCAACAGCAUCUGUAAGUCCCCUGGGCCAGCCUCCCCUAAGGAACACCCUAUCCUGGCCCGGGACAUCGGGCGCUCCGAAUCCCUGCGCUCCUCCAGCAGCUGCUCUCAUCGCAUCUUCCGCCCCUGUGACCUCAUCCAUGGAGAGGUGCUGGGCAAGGGCUUCUUUGGCCAGGCUAUCAAGGUGACCCACAAAGCCACUGGUGAGGUGAUGGUGAUGAAGGAGCUGAUUCGCUGUGAUGAGGAGACCCAGAAGACCUUUCUAAAGGAGGUCAAAGUGAUGAGGAGUCUGGAACAUCCCCACGUGUUGAAGUUCAUCGGUGUGCUAUAUAAGGACAAGAGGCUGAAUUUAAUAACCGAGUUUAUCGAGGGAGGCACACUGAAGGAUUUCAUUAGAGACAUGGACCAGUUUCCAUGGGAGCAGAGGGUCAGCUUCGCUAAAGGUAUUGCUUCUGGAAUGGCCUACUUGCAUUCAAUGAGCAUCAUCCAUAGAGAUCUUAACUCUCACAACUGCCUGGUGAAACUGGACAACACAGUGGUGGUGGCAGACUUCGGCCUAUCCCGGCUCAUGGUGGAGGAGAAGGUCAAGCACCCUCCCCCUGAGAAACUGGCCAAUAAGAAGAGAGUGUUCAGGCGCAUUGACCGUAAGAAGCGCUACACUGUGGUGGGGAACCCCUACUGGAUGGCUCCAGAGAUGCUGAACGGUAAACGCUAUGAUGAAAAGGUGGACAUUUUCUCCUUUGGGAUUGUGCUUUGUGAGAUUAUUGGGCAGGUGAAUGCCGACCCAGAGUGCCUUCCAAGGACCUAUGACUUUGGCCUCAAUGUAGACAAGUUCAUGGAGAAGUUUCUCCCUGAUGACUGCCCACAAGCUUUCUUCGCAUUGGCUGUGGCUUGUUGUGACCUCAUCCCUGAAAACCGGCCUGCCUUCCAGAAGCUGGAGGACUGUUUCGAGGCCCUGUGCCUCAACCAGGAGAUGGGCAUCCCUCUGCCAGCCGAAUUGGAAGAGCUGCACCAGAGACUGUGUCAACUCCACCCCCCUAAAGACAGCUCCUCUCCAUCCCAGUCCACACCCCCAACGCCAGCACCUCCUGAGGAGCCCAGCCUGGCUGACAACAGCACCUAGCACAGACACUUGUUCCUCUGGAUCCCCAAGCUCACCUUCCACGACCACCGUCUGGACUGUUGCACUGGAUGAGGGGUGGGGAAGAAAGACCUAACUUGUGCCAUUUGGGAACUGGAUACCCUGAGCUAGCUGGACAAAAACCCCAAAUGCACACACCAGGACAUGCAGGGUACACAUCUGUUUUUACCAUACUACCAGAACCUGUUAUGUGGUUCACUGGCUGAUUGAUGACUGGCUCAGAGUUAACGCAGGGCAGGGUGUGUGGAGUGAAGAUUGUUUAGCAUCAGGAGGACACGUCUAGGGACUAAAACACUCUCUCUGAGGAGGCCAAGUCACAUCAGUCAGAGAAAUGUGUCAAAUGAAUGUUAUGAGCUCACCAAGCAGGAAAAUCCUUGUCAAACAGUGCUCUGAGGCCCUUGAUCUUAGAGAUAACUUUCAAGCUUCACUGAUGGGAUCAGAUCCACUCUACAACCAUUAAGUGUAAUCAUGUGCACUCAUCCUUUAGUCUUUUUUCUCGUUUUUCAAGCUAAGGUCUUUUAAGGGAGUAUGCGAGCACACUUAUUCGGUUCGCCUAGCCGACUUCAGCUAGCUGCCAACCAAACUAAAGCAUGCUGAUGCCUUUAUUGUCAGUGGAUGGUUUAUGGGGCAUCUACUGACUUCAAGUUACUGUAGAGGGUGGUAAUGGUAGUGUAUAGAUUUUCUUACCAUUAACUAAAUGUUUUCAUUCCACUUUAUUAACUCCAUAUGAAUUUGUUUCUGUUCAUGUGCAGUCAUGGACAGAUUAAAAUUAAAUUGUGAUUUGGAGCUGUUGACUGAGUUGGAGUUUGUUAUAGGAUGAAAUGAAUACUGUUGUUUUCACAUGUAGCUAAGCUAGCACACUUUCAGAACCAGAUCGGUACCUGGUGCUUGUUGUUAAAGGCCCAAUGCAGCCGUUUUAUAUCAAUAUCAAAUCAUUUCUGGGUAACAAUUAUGUACCUUAAUGUAAU